GCCACCCCACCCCAUCUUUGCAAUCCCUUAAUUCCCAAAUUCCACACCCAAAUCCAACUGAAGAGCCGAAACCCUAACCCUAACCUGGAUCUCGAUGUCAUCGAGAUCCCAAAUCGUCGGCCCAAUCUCAUCCCAGAUCGAAAAAGCCUGGCAUCUUCUCUCCACCCUCCUCAGAAUCGGCCGCCCAGUUUCUCCUUCCGAGCUCGCAUCGAUAUCCGCGCUCGCUCCGGAUCUAGUCGAAUUCCUCUGUCGGAUCCCUGGAUCCCCAAAUUCCCUACCAAAGAUCUCUGGCUCGCUGGUUCUCCGAAGUGAGAGCGCCUCAGCUUUGCAUCAGUUUUUGCGUAUAAAGUUUGGAUCUUGCGUGCCUAGGGUUUUGUUUAGGGUUUCCGAGCCGAAGGGAGAUUGGAGUAGUAUCAGGCUGAUGUAUGCGAGGAAGAGGAAGCUGAGGCCGGUUGAGGCCGGUUUGGUGGGUCCCAGUGCAAAAAGGAGGCUCAUUUGGAGUUCAGAGAGAGAUGUAGAGGAGGUGACGUCGGACGAUCAAUUUGGAAAUCAUAGUUGCUCUAUGACGGUUACGAGGGUACAUGCUAACAUAGCUGACACUUCCGCUAAUAGUUUGUCAGCCGUUGUGGCCUCGAAUUUAAGUACAGGGUUAGCUUCAACUCCAUCCAUCCUUAGGGACAACAUUUUUUGUCCAAUUUCAGAAACGAAAAAUGUUAACCAUUCAAGAGGUGGUGAAAUUGGAAACUGGGAUAAUGUUCACGAAAUGACUCUAGGACAGGAAUCGCAAGAUGAUUCACUACCCAUAUUUGUACAGAAGGAAUUGUGUGAUAAUACACAGGUCAUGACCGUUCAACAGAAGUUUCUGGAAUUGUUUGGUUAUGAUGAUGAUGAUCCUCUUGAUUUCGUACCGAGUGCUGCUUAUGUAGAUACUGAUGGAAGACUGCAGAUACAUGAGCCUGGCUCCUUACUUGACAAACCAACUGAUGUUCCUUUAUUGUGGAUGGAAACUUUGGGAGAAGACAGCUGCAUUGUGUCAGCUUCUCCAUCGGCUUUCAGAUAUGAAGUAAAUCCUGUUUCAUCAAAAUUUCAGGGAGCCAAUAAUGACAUUAAUGGACCUUCCAUAGAGAUUGGCAGUCUUGCUGGUCAGGUAGCAAGGCGAGAUGAACAUACAGUAGCCACUGAAGUCAACUACUGUGGAACUGGAGGCAUCUUAUUUCAGAUGGAUGCCUCUAUGAGAGAGGAAAAGAAAUCUGCACUUGAAGUUCAUUACACUCCUGAGCUGGAAUGUCGUGCCGAAUCAUUAUUAGCUGAACCUGGAACAAAUUUGGAACAACAAAGGUUGUUGUCAGAGAAACCUAUUAGCAAGGAAGGAGUUUCCUUGAUGAUAGGAUGUCAAAGGCCUAAUCAGAAAUCAUGUAUCAGGAGGAAUGGCAGCUCUCCAAAAUGUGAACAGGAUAAAAGGACUGAAAAGGGUGCUUUGACAAAAGAAAAGAUGAGAAGAAGUUGUCCUAUCAACGCGUCAUCAAAAGAAAAUAGGCAAGAUACUACUAAGAUUUCUAAGACUGGCUCUGAGUCCAAACUACUGCCAAACUUUGACUCCUUUGUCAUAGAGGAGGAGGAGGGUUCAGGUGGUUAUGGUACUGUUUAUAGGGCUCGAAGGAAGGAGGAUGGGAAAAUAUUUGCUGUAAAGUGUCCUCAUCCAAACGCUCAUUCACAUCAUGUCCACAAUGAAUUGAAGAUGCUGGAGCGUUUUGGAGGCCGAAAUUUUGUGAUACAGUAUGAAGGCUCUUUCAAGAGUGGACAGUCAGAAUGCUUUGUUCUAGAGCAUGUCGAGCAUGACAGACCAGAGGUUCUAAAAAAAGAGAUAGAUAUUUUUGAGCUCCAGUGGUACGGUUACUGUAUGUUUAGAGCCCUCACAAGCUUGCAUAAGCAGGGUAUAGUGCAUAGAGACGUCAAACCUGGAAACUUUCUCUUCUCCCGUAAACUAAGCAAGGGAUAUCUCAUUGACUUCAACUUAGCCAGUGAUUUGCAUCAAAAAUAUUCUAAAGGCAGUAGAUCAGAGAAUACUUCGAGUAAGAACUGUGAUCCAUUAUCUCUCUCCACUCCAAAGUCCACUUUACAUGACCAAACUGGGAAUUCUAUUAAGAGUCGUGUUUUGAGUAAUAUCCCAAAGGAAGUGGAUAAGGAUUCCAGGAAAGUAUCAUUGAAAAACAUGAAGAAGGAAUCCAGCAAACGCGAGAUUGAGACCUUUCAUAGAAUUGAUAGCAGUAGCAAGUAUGGAAGUCAAGCAGCUGAUUCAGGAGUUACCUCCACGAAGGAUCCAACAAGCACAAGGACUCAUUCUGCAGAUAGGUUGAAGCAUCCAAUUAUUCCUUAUAAAGGACGAAAAGAGUUGCUGAACUUUGUACAAGAGGCAAUGCAAAGCCCCAGUCACAAGAAGGCGACCGGUCCAUCUUCUCAGAGGAAAAGGGUUGCUGCGCCUUUAGGUAAAAUGAACAGCAAACUCAUGAUACUGACUCCUAUGCCUUUGCAUUCUGGCGGAAAUGCUGUUGCUGGUGCUGGCAUGUUCAACAGAGGAAAUGGAAAACAUAAGAGAGAGGGUCCUUGUGUUGGAACUAAAGGAUUUCGAGCUCCAGAGGUUUUAUUCAAAUCUUGUCAUCAAAGUUGCAAAGUGGACGUGUGGUCUGCCGGUGUUACAUUACUAUACUUGAUUAUAGGAAAAAUACCAUUUGGGGGUGACCCUGAACAAAAUAUAAAGGAAAUUGCAAAGUUAAGGGGUAGCGAAGAUCUAUGGGAAGUUGCUAAGCUACACAAUUGUGAAUCCUCAUUCCCUACGGAUUUGCUUGAUGUGCGAUUCCUGAAAACAACAGAACUAAGAGAUUGGUGCGCGAUGAACACAAAGAGAACAGAUUUCCUUGAGCAAGUUCCUCAAUCUCUAUUCGAUCUCAUUGACAGGUGCCUGACUGUAAAUCCUAGGCGAAGGAUUACAGCAGAGGAAGCUCUCAUGCACAGUUUUUUCACCCCGUGCCAUGAAAGCCUCAGGAAGCAGAGGUUACUCAGAAGGACUAAUGGCUCAGAGCCUGGAAGCUAGUCUCUAUAAGAAACCGGAGCAAUGUGAUGGAAACUACGAAGAGUUACUGUAAAAAAAGGCUAACCAGCUCAGCAACUGAAAACGUAUACAUGUCUAUUUUCUCAGAUGUAAAAUUCUGUUCUCAGUGCAUAGCUCUUGUGAAAUUUCCCUUGGGAGAAGAUGCAGAAGUGUUGUUUGCAUCAUUAUCUGCCAUACUGUAUUAAUUUAUUAAAUGGAGGUCAUAAUCAGAAUCUGAUAGGUCUUGUCAGAAUCUGAUAUGAUAUUGGCGAUUACUGUAAUGAAAAGUUGAUUUUUCAAACGAAGAUAUUAAUCAGAAUUCUACAGGGAUUGUUACAAUCUGUUAUGAUACUGUAUAUUACUGUAAUGAAAAGUUACAGCAUUUAUAGAAGUUUCUUUGGGUGUAUGGCUGAAAAUGUCGCCACAAAACUGAAACCUGUAAGAUUGAACCUGUAAGAUUGAAUUAGCUUCGCAAAGUAUUUCCGUGAUUUCCA